CACAUAAUGCAACAAAAUAAAUUAUGAUAUAUUUAUAAUAGAAUUUUUUUAAAAUUAAUUAUAUGAUAUAAUUUAAAUUCGCGCGUAAUCCUUAGUCUUAGAUAGAUUUAGUUUAAUUUAUUCAAAUUUAUUCGCUCGAAAGAUUAAAUGUAAAUAUUAUAUAAAGACAAUCAUUUAAACAUGGGCGAUACUGAUUCUAAUAAUUCGGAGGAACGAGAAAAUUUAGAAAAUGGAAAAAUGUUUGUUGGAGGAUUAAGCUGGCAAACUUCCACCGAAUCACUCAGGGAAUAUUUUAGUAAAUUUGGCGAAGUAGAAGAAUGCAUGAUAAUGAAAGACCCAGCAACUAAACGUUCAAGAAAAUUUGGGUUUGUAACCUUUGUUGAUCCUAAGUCAAUCGAAAAAGUUCUAGCCAUAUCUCAACACGAACUUGAUAAUAAAAUCAUUGAUCCAAAGAUUGCAUUUCCCAAAAAGGGUCAGCCAAAACUUAUAACCAAAACCAAAAAGGUUUUUAUAGGUGGUAUAUCUGUUAUAACAAACAUUGAUGACAUCAAGCAAUAUUUUGAAACGUUUGGCAAAAUUGAAGAUGCAAUGUUAAUGUUUGAUAAAAACACCAAUAGACACAGAGGAUUUGGUUUUAUAACAUUUGAAACAGAAGACAUUGCUGAAAAAGUUUGCGAAAUACAUUACCAUGAAAUCAGCAAUAAAAUGGUGGAAUGUAAAAAAGCUCAACCCAAAGAAGUUCUACAAGCAGUUUCGGUUGCUACUAAUCUCAAACUUGGAAAUUCCAUUAAUCACCUUAACAUUCACACCAGCAAUAGCUUCAUGAAUAGGAAUUAUGGACUGCCAACAAAAUUCAUAUCUCCCACGUUCGCCAAUCCUUUUAUCUAUCCUGCAAUACAAGGCAUUGCACCUCAUUCACCCACUUUCGCCUUUGCUGCAAAUUGUUUUAAUCAUAACCCUAUGAUGACUUCCCACGACUUAAGUGGCCAUCACAUCUCAACCCUCAAUGGAAUGUCUCCUAAUGGUAUUCUAACAGAUUUUAGUCAUUUAAGUCUGCAUCAUCAUCACAAUGCCCCAGAUCCUAAUAUAAAUAACAAUCACAACAGUAUAGUUAAUCUAAGUGGACAACACAAUGGAAAAUACGAUCGGUUUGGAACUCUCAAUGGAAACAUGGAUCUCAAUGUCAACCCAUAUCAACAAACUCAUCCCACCUUGGCUAGACACGUUUUUUCGCCACCUGCAAUACAUACCUUCACCACUUUUCAACACAACUUCCUUAAUCAUGGGACUAAUAUCUUAUCCCCAAUUAUAACCAAUAACAAUAUCCCAACAGAUCUAUUGUCACCGACUCAUUUAAAUUAUCCUCAUGCUAGAAUGUUUACUGCUGCAGCGGCUCCAUUGAUGGCAGGCCCACUACCUGUGAAUCAUUUUGAUUUCUCCCUCAAGGAUAUUAUUGUGAAUAAUAACAAAAAUAAGCCAUCCCUUAUUUAUAAUCGUUCAUCGCCCGUUUAUCAUGCCGAAGAUUGUGAUGAUGAAUUAGGAGAAGGCGGAAGUGGUGAAGAAAGUGUAUCUGAUCUUGCAGAAAGUUUAUUUUUGAAUGCCGGACCUCCCCCUUACAUGAUGACGAAUUCUUUAGAGCCUCAACUGAUUCCAGUGAAUAAUUAUGCCAAUGGUUACUAAACUAAAUAUCAUCAAAUUAGUACGGAUACUAGAAAUACAAAAAUAUAUAUCACGGGUCAAUACUAUAUACAUUACUUAUAUUAUACUUAUAUAUUAUUUAUUAUUUUUUUAAAUUUAAAUAUUUUUAAAAAAAUAUUGUUGAUGUAAUAUUUCUCAAUGCAAAAUCAUAAAUAAUUAUUUACUUUUGAAGAUUUGAAAACAACGAUAAAAUAA